AUGCCAGAAGCGCUCGUGACACGAGCCGAGGUUGCGGUUGAAAACCAUACAGGUGAAUAUUGGAUCAGUGUGAUGCUCAUAAUUGGCGCAGUCACCUCCCUCGUUUGUGCGCCCAUUUUUGGCCACUUGAUUAAUCAAAUCGAAAAUAUUCAACGCUUCUAUCUACUCGGUUUAAUAUUGCUUCUCACUUCCACGCUAUUGUUCACUUUUGCCGAUUCCCUGCACUUAUACAUGCUUGCCGUGAUCACACAAGGUGCUUCCAUGUCGAUGGUUUUCGUGACUGGAUUAUCUAUAAUGGUUGGUUCCGCCCCAAAGGAGAAAAAGGGUUAUGUCUUUGGCUACCUGCAUACUUUUGUGGCGGCCGGGCUUAUCUUUGGACCCCUUUGCGGUGGAAUGAUCUACCAUUAUGCUGGAUACUGUGCUGCAUUUGGAGCGGUCCUUGUACUACUUGCAAUCAACCUCAUCUUCUGCUCGGCAAUAAUAGACAGACUCACUGAAACAAAGUGGCCGAAUGCACCUGAAAUUGAUGAUGAAUCUGAAACUGAAGAUUCGGAUGAUGCUACUGCAUACGACUUUGACGGAAGGAGAGACGACUCCUGCGAGACUCUCACAAUGUGGCAUCUUAUCCGGGAACCUCGGGUUAUGAUAUCAGCAACAUCCAUUCUAUCUUAUUUUCUUCUUAUAUCUGCUCUUCUGAAUGUUAGCUGCCACCGCAAUAUCUGUUUGGAAACUCGCUGA